CGAGGCCCGGGCCGGCCGCCCCCGCUCCGCUCGCCCAUGGCGGAGACCAAGAUCAUCUACCACAUCGACGAGGAGGAGACGCCGUACCUGGUGAAGCUGCCCGUGCCGCCGGAGAAAGUCACGCUGGCCGAUUUCAAAAAUGUCCUCAGCAACCGGCCCGUGCACAGCUACAAGUUCUUCUUCAAGUCCAUGGACCAGGAUUUCGGGGUGGUGAAGGAAGAGAUCUCAGAUGACAAUGCAAAGCUCCCCUGCUUCAAUGGAAGAGUGGUGUCCUGGCUGGUCCUGGCUGAAAGCUCCCACUCUGACACAGGUUCCCAGUGCACUGAGAGCCACCCUGACCUGCCACCACCCCUGGAGAGGACAGGAGGCAUUGGAGACUCCCGGCCCCCAUCAUUCCACCCCAACGCUGGCAGCAGCCGGGACGGGCUGGACAACGACACCGGAGCGGAGUCGGCGCUGAGCCACCGGCGGGGGGGGCACCGCCGCAGGAACCGCGAGGGACACGAGGACGCCCCCAGGAUCAAUGGGCACCCCAAGCUGGACAGGCACCGGGAGCACCCCCCUGGCUAUGACAGCUCCUCCACCAUGCUGAGCAGUGAGCUGGAGUCCAGCAGCUUCAUCGACUCUGAGGAGGAUGACAACACCAGCAGGCUGAGCAGCUCCACGGAGCAGAGCACUUCCUCACGGCUCAUCCGCAAGCACAAGCGCCGGAGGAGGAAACAGAGGAUGCGGCAGAUUGACAGGUCGUCCUCGUUCAGCAGCAUCACAGACUCCACCAUGUCCCUAAACAUCAUCACUGUCACACUCAACAUGGAAAAGUACAACUUCCUGGGCAUCAGCAUUGUGGGACAGAGCAACGACCGGGGCGAUGGUGGCAUCUACAUCGGCUCCAUCAUGAAAGGAGGGGCGGUGGCAGCGGACGGGCGCAUCGAGCCGGGGGACAUGCUGCUGCAGGUGAAUGAUGUCAAUUUUGAGAACAUGAGCAAUGACGAUGCCGUUCGGGUUUUAAGGGAAAUAGUCUCCAAACCAGGACCUAUCAGCCUAACAGUAGCCAAAUGCUGGGACCCUACUCCCAGGAGUUAUUUCACCAUCCCCAGGGCUGAGCCGGUGCGGCCGAUCGACCCCGCGGCGUGGAUCUCUCAUACCACGGCCAUGACGGGAGCGUACCCCCGUUACGGUAUGAGCCCCUCCAUGAGCAUCACCACAUCUACCAGCUCCUCACUAACAAGCUCAAUUCCCGAGUCGGAAAAAUUAGAAGAAUCUCCUUUAACUGUGAAGAGUGACAUGGCUACUAUUGUCAAGGUCAUGCAGCUGCCAGACUCAGGCCUUGAAAUUCGGGACAGGAUGUGGUUAAAAAUCACCAUCUCCAAUGCAGUGAUAGGAGCAGACGUGGUGGACUGGCUUUACACCCACGUGGAAGGCUUCAAGGACCGGCGGGAGGCCAGGAAAUACGCCAGCAGCAUGCUGAAACACGGCUACCUCAGGCACACUGUGAACAAAAUCACCUUCUCAGAGCAGUGCUACUAUGUCUUUGGAGACCUCUGUGGCAAUCUGGCUGCACUGAACCUGAACAACGGUUCCAGCGGCGCCUCGGACCAGGACACCUUGGCUCCUCUGCCACAUCCUGCUGCUCCCUGGCCCUUGGCUCAGGGAUAUCCCUACCAGUACCCUCUGCCCCCUCCUUGCUUCCCACCAGCCUACCAAGACCCAGGCUUUAGCUAUGGCAGUGGCAGUGCAGGCAGCCAGCAGAGUGAAGGGAGCAAAAGCAGCGGCUCCAACCGCAGCACCAGCGAGACCAGCAGGAGAGCAGCGGGCAGGGAGAAGGAGCGCAAAUCGGGCGGCAGCGGCAGCGAGUCGGAGCCGGGAGCGCGGCGGGAGCGGCCGCUCAGCCAGCUCAGCCACAGCGACAGGAGCCACCAGAGCCACCAGAGCCACCACUCCUACGGCCCCCCGGGGGUGCCCCCCUUGUACAGCCUGCCCAAACUGGGCUCCAAAGCGCUGGGCGGCGGCAGCAGCGGCCCCCCCGGGGCGCCCCCGGUGCGGGAGCUGAGCGCCGUGCCGCCCGAGCUCACCGGGACC